CUUUCCUUUAUCCUUUUUCUUUCCAGUCAGAGUUAGCAGCGCCUAACAGCAUUGCGGAUUAUUUUGGUCUAUCAACCUUAAAGAAUUCCCACCCUUUUAUCUAAAUCACUAGCAAAACCAACAUCUGCCACUUGCUACAGGCAUCACUAGCUGUCACUCGACCUAGCGCCACCAUGGCGGAAGAAAUAGUCGUUGACAAAGCGACAUUCUUCAACCGCUUGUCUACACUAUAUACGGCAUGGAAGACAGACAGACGUUCUGGGAAUGCUAUGUUUGGUGGGGUUGGUUCGAUUGUGGUUCUCAUGGGAAAAACGGAUGAAGCAAAUUCUUUCCAGAAAAGCAAUGCAAUGCACUUCUGGCUUCUUGGGUACGAGUUCCCUGCUACGUUGAUGGUAUUUACCACAGAGGCGAUGUACGUGGUGACUACCGCAAAGAAAGCUAAACACCUAGAACAUCUCAAAGGUGGCAAGAUUCCAUUGGAAAUUAUUGUGGUCACAAAGGAUCCAGAGCAGAAAUUGAAAGCAUUUGAAAAAUGCUUGGAUAUCAUCAAGAAUGCUGGGAAAAAAAUUGGUAUUUUGCCCAAAGACUCAACUUCCGGUCCUUUUGCAGACGAUUGGAAGCGCUCGUUUUCAGACUUGUCGAAAGAAGUGGAGGAAGUUGAUAUUGCACCUGCAUUAUCUUCUGCUGCUUUCUCGGUGAAGGAUACCGAUGAAUUGGUUUCUAUACGUAAUGCGUCGAGAGCAUGCAGCGGUCUUAUGUCUGAAUACUUCGUUGAUGAAAUGUCUCAAUUGCUUGACGAAGAAAGACAAAUAACCCACAGAGCGCUGUCUGCGAAAAUUGAUGCGAAGAUUGACGACUCCAAAUUCUUCAAUAAGCUGCCUAAACUGCCAUCCGAGUUCGAUGCUCAGCAGAUUGAUUGGGCUUAUGGGCCGGUUGUACAGAGUGGGGGAAAGUACGAUCUUAAGCUCACAGCUACACCUGAUAGCAGCAACCUUCGGCCGGGAAUAAUCAUCGCUAGCUUUGGAAUUCGCUACAAGACCUACAGCUCAAGCAUUGCGCGAACUUAUUUGGUUGAUCCAAGCAAGUCACAAGAAGCAAACUAUGCCUUUUUGUUGAAUAUUUAUGACGCUGUUAUGAAAGAUAUCCGCGACGGUAUAGUGUCCAAGGAUCUAUACAAUAAGGCAGUUGGCAUUAUUCGGGCCAAAAGGCCAGAUCUUGAAAGGCAUUUCCUUAAAAGCAUUGGUGCUGGUAUCGGUAUUGAAGUCAAAGACGCAAAUAUGGUGCUAAAUGGGAAAAACAACAGAAUUUUGAAGAGCGGCAUGACUCUUUCUAUUACUGUCGGCCUUGUUGACGUAUUAAAUCAAGAUUCCACAGACAGGAGUUCCAUUUACUCAAUGGUCAUAACAGACACUGUUCGUGUUGGCGAGCAUGGACCGCAUGUAUUCACGAAAGACGCCGGUAUUGAUAUGGACUCGGUCUCAUUCUAUUUUGGAGAUGAGGAAGAACCCGAAAAGCCUUCCAAGGAGAAGGAGUCAAAACCGAAUGCUGUCGCUAGCAGGAACAUUACCCGCACAAAGCUCCGUGCUGAACGACCGACUCAGAUAAAUGAAGGCGCCGAAGCACGUCGCCGCGAGCAUCAGAGAGAAUUAGCUGCAAGGAAAACGAGGGAAGGCCUUGAUCGUUUUGCUGGUACGACUGGGGAUGACAAUGGGGUCACUCAGAAGAAAUUCAAACGAUUUGAAUCAUACAAGCGGGAUAAUCAGCUACCGACCAAGGUUAAAGAUCUUACUGUUUACGUUGAUCAUAAAGCCUCGACAGUCAUCGUACCAAUUAUGGGACGGCCCGUUCCAUUCCACAUUAACACAAUUAAGAAUGCCAGCAAAAGCGAUGAAGGAGAGUAUGCUUACCUUCGAAUAAACUUCCUUUCACCUGGUCAGGGCGUCGGUAGGAAGGAUGACCAACCAUUUGAGGACUUGUCAGCGCAUUUCUUAAGGAACUUAACAUUAAGGUCCAAAGACAAUGAGAGGCUCGCGCAAGUUGCGCAAGAUAUCACAGAGCUGCGAAAGAAUGCUUUGAGACGAGAACAGGAGAAGAAAGAAAUGGAGGAUGUGGUGGAACAGGAUAAGCUGAUUGAAAUAAGAAAUCGUCGUCCUGUGAAGCUUCCAGAUGUCUACCUCCGUCCGCCGCUCGAUGGAAAACGCGUUCCAGGAGAAGUUGAGAUACACCAAAACGGUUUACGUUAUAUGUCGCCAUUUCGCAAUGAACGUGUCGACGUACUUUUCAGUAAUGUGAAACACCUCUUCUUCCAGCCCUGCGCGCAUGAGUUAAUCGUUCUUAUUCACGUCCAUCUCAAAACGCCUAUCAUGAUUGGGAAAAGAAAGACUAGGGAUGUCCAGUUUUAUCGAGAAGCCACUGAAAUGCAAUUCGACGAAACAGGAAACCGUAGGCGUAAGCAUCGCUAUGGGGAUGAGGAAGAGUUUGAAGCCGAGCAAGAAGAGAGACGACGGAGAGCAGCACUGGACCGAGAGUUCAAGGCAUUUGCGGAAAAAAUUGCCGACUAUGGGAAAGAUGAAGGCGUUGAUGUUGACAUUCCAUUCAGGGAGAUUGGCUUCACCGGUGUUCCAAAUCGCUCCAAUGUUUUGGUCCAACCAACUACGGAUGCGCUUGUCCAACUUACAGAACCACCUUUCUUGGUUAUUACUCUGAAUGAGAUUGAAAUUGCUCAUUUGGAGAGAGUGCAGUUCGGACUUAAGAAUUUUGAUCUGGUAUUUGUCUUCAAAGACUUUCACAGACCACCUGUGCAUAUCAACACAAUUCCAGUAGAGUCUUUGGAGGGAGUCAAAGAUUGGCUUGAUUCGGUUGACAUUGCAUUCACAGAGGGUCCACUUAACCUGAACUGGACUACUAUUAUGAAGACAGUUGUGAGUGAUCCGUAUGGCUUUUUCGCUGAUGGCGGCUGGUCUUUCUUGGCUGCAGAGUCAGACUCCGAGGAUGGGUCUGACGAGGAAGAAGAAUCUGCGUUCGAGCUUUCGGAAUCCGAGCUUGCUGCUGCAGAUGAGAGCUCGGAAGAUGAUAGUGAAUUCGAUGAUGAUGCCAGCGCUGAGGCUAGUGAAGAAUUCAGCGGUGAUGAAGAAAGCGGCGAAGAUUGGGAUGAGUUGGAGAAGAAAGCUAGAAAAAAGGACAGAGAGGCUGGCCUUGAUGAUGAAGACCGGGGUAAAAAGCGGAAACGUUAA